AUGGGUCAACUGAAGUAUUGUACAUUUCUUCUGGCUAUAGUGGCGUGUACAUUGGCCACGCCCACACUGCACAAAUCAAAGGGCGGCACAGCUACCGUACAGCACCCACCCCAAGCGGUCUACGUACCCGCACCCGCUCCACAGCCAGUACAGAUUGUACAUCCACCCCCAGCCAAAAUUGUGAAACCGAAGCCUGUCUUUGUAAAGCCCGUUAUUGUACAACCAGUAUUAGUGGUAAAACCAGUAGUUGUUGCUAGUGGUGGUGGUGGUGGGCAUGGUCACGGCGGACAUCAUGGCAAAAAACAUUUCUUGGGUAAAUUUAAGUAA